AUGAAGGGCGCGUGGAAGCAGAGCGGCGUGGCGGCCGUGGCCGAUCACCUCGGCGGAGCAGGGCUCCUCUGGCGCGCGCGGCCCGUCAGGCUCUGCCUCUACGGCCUCGCGCUCACCUUCGCCGGGUUCUCGGUCUUCCUCGCCUUCGCGCCCACCCUCCCCGUGCCGCCAGCCUCGUCGCCAGCCGCGGCGUGGUUCGACGGCCUGAUCGCCUCCGCGUCUCCGUACCGCACGCAGGUCUCGGGCUUCUUCUCUUCCCUGUUCCCCGCCAACUCCACCUCCACGGUGCCUCCUGGUGGCGUCGCGGCGAGGCGUGCCGGGCCGAGCGGCGGUGGGUUCGCGGCGAGCGGUUCCCGAGGCAAUGGCUCCAGCGCGGCUCGGCCCGGCGAGGAGCAAUUGGGAAGCGGAGGUGGAGUUCCGACCAGCAGCGUAGGCGCAGGCGAAGCUCCCAGUGGCAAGGAAGCGCCGGUUCCUGGGGAUGCUACUGCGGCGGUGCCGAGCGGCGCGCCGCCCGAUGAUCAUGUGCAAGGCGGUGCCGAAGCCAAACAUUCCGCCGGGAGUGCCGCUGCCGAGGCGAAGGGUGGGCCUCAUCCUGCACUCCCGAGCGGUGGUUCAGCCCAGAAUGGCACAUCGGCGAAAGGAGGCGUGCCUGUUCGGAUCAACGGCUCCGACGACACGAGCGCGAGUUCCGUGGAUGCCGGAGAUGGCAACGGGAUUAGAGCAAGUGCAAGGAAUGCUGCCGGCUCCACGCACCAAUUGGGAAGCGGAACUGCAGCUUUAUUAGGCAACGGUACCGCUGUUGCAUUCAUUAAUCAGACUGCGAGUGCAGUUGCAGCGGCCAUGGACGGCAAUGGAAGAGCAGCUGCAGGCAACAACCAGACCGUCCUAAUUCAGGUUCCUGCAGGUAACAAGAACCAGAGUUCAGCUGCUUCAGAUGGAAGCAAUAGUAGUCCAGCCAAUAAGAAGAAUGAAUCAACUGCUAGUCCUCAGGGGAGCACUAGUCCGGUUAAAGAUCAGUCUGCACGAGGGGCCACCCCAACAGCCAGUAACAACAGUGCUGUGCCGAUGAAAGCAGAUGCUAAUGCCGGUCGGCGCAUGAAGGUUGAUUGGAUUGAGAACAUGGCCAGCUGCGACAUGUUCUACGGGAAUUGGGUCCGAGAUGACUCGUAUCCUCUGUAUCCUUCGGGAUCAUGCCCUCACGUCGAUGAGUCCUUCAACUGCCACCUCAACGGCCGGCCUGACAAAGCUUACGAGAGGCUCCGGUGGCAACCCAGCGGGUGCAGAAUCCCAAGGUUGAACCCAACUGAUAUGUUGGAGAGGCUGAGGGGGAAGAGGCUGGUGUUUGUCGGUGAUUCGCUCAACAGGAACAUGUGGGAAUCUCUGAUUUGUAUCUUGAGGAAUUCUGUCAAAGACAAGAGUAAGGUUUUUGAGGUAUCCGGCAGGAGCCAAUUCAGGGCUGAGGGCUCCUACUCUUUCUUGUUCCAGGACUACAAUUGCAGUGUGGAGUUCUUCCGCUCCCCUUUCCUUGUUCAGGAAUGGGAGAUGCCAAUCAGCAAUGGAAAGGGUACCCGGGAAACUCUCAGGCUUGACAUUAUCGAUUCAGCGUUUCCGAGGUACAAGAACGCAGAUAUCAUUAUCUUCAAUACUGGUCACUGGUGGACGCAUGACAAAACUUCUCUAGGGAAAGAUUACUACCAAGAGGGCAACCGCGUGUACAGUGAGCUGGAUGUCCAUGAUGCCUUUCGGAGAGCUCUCAACACCUGGGCCAAGUGGGUUGAUUCCAAUGUAAACCCCAAGAAAACUACUGUGUUUUUCAGAGGCUACUCAGCAUCCCAUUUCAGUGGGGGUCAAUGGAAUUCAGGCGGCAGUUGUGACAAGGAAACAGAGCCAAUAAUGAAUGACCAGUACCUCACGCCAUACCCAACAAAGAUGAGCAUUUUGGAGGAGGUGCUCCAUGGGAUGAAAACACCCGUUGUGUACCUGAACAUAACAAGGAUGACUGACUACAGGAAGGAGGCCCAUCCUUCAGUCUAUCGCAAGCAGAAGUUGACUGAAGAGGAGAGAAAAUCGCCUGAGCUAUACCAGGACUGCAGCCACUGGUGCCUUCCUGGAGUACCGGACUCCUGGAACGAGCUUCUCUACGCACAGAUUUUGCUGAAACAGGAGCAUACGAUGCAACAAUAA